UCCUGAAGUGGAAUAGGUGCCGCUGUUGCUGCUCGUGUUGAAUCCACAACAGCAGUCGGACAUGGUGCUGGAGGAAGAGCAAGGGAUGCUGACCGGGUCCGGAGAUCCCAAUGAGGAAGAAGAGGAGGAGGAGGAAUUAGUGAUAGGACUGAGGCUUUCAGUGCGUACUGGCAACCCUGGAAGGCAGGAAUGUGAAACUUUCCCCUACUACUUAGCAUCAGAAUUGAAUGGGAGACCCCAUUCUGCCAUUUCUGGCAGCAGUGUGGCUCUGCCAGCUGGCCUUCUGCACGGAUCCCCUAACAACAGUGAGAGAGCAAUGCGAGCAGCUGGAGAAAUGUGUAAAGGCUCGGGAGCAGCUAGAGCUCUGUGAUGAGCGUGUAUCCUCCAGGUCACAGACAGAGGAUUGCACAGAGGAGCUCUUAGACUUCUUGCAUGCAAGGGACCACUGUGUGGCCCACAAACUCUUUAACAGCUUGAAGUAAAUGUGCGGAUUCGUUCACCUCAGCCUUCAUCACCCGGGCUUCGGGAUAUUUCCUUAUGGUUUUGAACAUGCCAUUUGUUUCUUAUUUGUGUAACUAAGUUCAUGUGAACCUCAAGGAUUUUUGGCUUAGGCAGGUAGCUUCUGUGUAAUUAUCAAUGAUUCCAUCUUAAUAAAGUCCAGUGAUCAGCAA